AUGUCUCACUCUAGCAAUAGUUGUAAUUUUUAUAAAGAUAGUUACUAUGUCAAAGAUGACUUUUUCAACCCUGAACCUUUUAGAGAAGGAUGUUGUGAUGAAUGCCGUCAAAAUUUCUUAAAGGUCUAUAUUGAACUACGUGAAACAUUGGAUACAUUUAUUACUCUUUUUAGGGGCAUUAAGCUUAGCAAAGAUGGAAAAAUUCCAAUGUUUUCAAUGUUUGAAGUGGCUGAUUACUAUGAAGGUAAAGAUAGAUAUUUGGGUGGGGUAAAUAAAAACAUUCAAGAUUUGUUUGAUAUUAAUUUAUUAGACUUAAACAUUCCCUUUUUAAAAAAAAGAAAGGAUAUUCCCAAAGAUGCUGAAGAAUCGUCAUCAAAAAAAGAUGAAGAUAAAGAAGAAAAAUAA